CCAAUAGAAAAAAGAAAAAAAACUCGGUGUAUAUUGUAUAAGUUGUACCGAGAGUGAGUGCAGCCAAGUCGGCAAGAAGUAAAAGUAACUGGUGCGUGAGUUUAGCGAAACCCUAGUCCCACUUUUCACAUCCUUUAAAACAGAGAAAGCGGGAGUUAUUAGCAGUAAAAGCAAAAGUUUAGAAAUAGAGAGAGAGAGAGGAGAGAGAGAGCUGAACCGAAAUGUGACGUUAACUUCAGUGAACAGUGCGCGCGUGUGUUUGUGUGUGUGUGUGUUGGGGAGAGUGAAAGAGCUACCGGGAAGUGACGCGAGCAACCGGAAAUGACAACAGGUUUCGUCAAAGAGCAGAAUCUGGAGAUCCAGAUUCAAAGACAAAUGGGUUGUAUGGCUGGUUUUCUUCAAAUAUUCGAUCGCCAUCACAUUUUGACCGGAAAACGCUUCUAUUCCACCAAGCGCCUCCCUCCACCACCACUGGUUGAUACAACAACUUCUGAGUCGGAGAAAUCAGCUCCACAAUCGCCGCCGAAUCCGACCGAUUCUCGUAAGCCACUAGAAAAGUCAAAGCAGACUCCGGCGGCGGCGGCUGAGUUGCCGCCUAAACCACCUCUUCCUCUGCCGAUAUUCGAAUUGAAAUCAGGCACUAAGUCGUCGUCGUCCUGGAAGUUCAGCAAGGAAGCCCCAAGGCUGUCGCUCGACAGCAGGGCUACAACCGACGCAAAAGGAGGCCUCCACCCCAAACAGAUCCGAACUACCACCUCCGCCGCCGCCGUGGCGUCAAACGGAGGGAACAGUAUUGCAAGUGCCGCCGCAGAUGUUGAUCAACAACAACACCGAUCUACAAGUGUUAUCGCCAGGCUCAUGGGCCUCGACCCGUACCCAAAUUCAUCCGAUUCCGAACCGGAGAAGAAGCCCGAGCUCCGGCGAUCCGCAUCGGAAUCGAGAGUCUCGAAGGAUCUGUUCCAAUCUCGAUUCAUCACCGACGGCGGCAACUUUUAUUCCAAGCAGCAAACUCAAUCGCAUUCCUCACAUACUCCGCCAACAGACGCACAUUUUGCAGAUCCAAACAACCAGUCGAUAAAAAAAGCGCCGGAAGGAUUGCACAGAGGUCGCCUUAAUUCUACACCACCGUGGAAAGCUCCGCCGCAGCAGAGGAAAAACUUCUUCGAUUCCGGUGACGUCUUCCCGGAGCCGAAGCAGACUGUAUCAACAAUAUCGAUCUACGGUGAGAUUGAGAAGAGAAUCAAGGUGAGAGGAAUCGACGAAACGUCAAAGGAUUUAGAGACGUUGAAACAAAUCCUUGAAGCUCUGCAACUCAAAGGACUACUGCAUCCCAAACAACCGCCGCCGCAGCAAAACGAAGCCGUCCGCCGCCACCGGAACUUUGUGUACGACGAGUCGCCCAUCGUCCUAAUGAAACCUAUCAGAUCGUCGGAUCCGAACGGUAGAAAUCAAGUUCGCCGGAAUUACAGCCUCGCCGGAGAAACCUCGCCGUCGGUGAGUCCCAUGCGAGAACGAAACGUAAGGAGCCCGACACGUGGCGGCGGUCGAGGCCCAGGCACAGGCCCGAGCCCGAUAACACGGUCAAACUCGCCGGUCAAACCCAGGCAAUUGAGCGUCGAAACUCAGAGAAAAGCCUCACCUGUUCACUCACCGAAGAGAAGAGCCGUACCGGAUCCGACGGCCACAAAUCAAUCGCAAAGGAGGAAGAAACCGACGUCCCAGAUUCGCCAGAAAGAUGAUGAAUCUUCAUCCAUUUCUGGAAGCAGCAUCACUACGGUGUCUACAGACACGGAGAGGUCGAAGGGGGAUGAACACAAAGAAGGGAGGAAUAUACUGGAGAGGUGCGAUAAGCUGCUACGCAGCAUAGCCGAGAUGUCUGCAGCCGCCGAUAUGCAGCCGAGCCCCGUGUCAGUUCUUGAUUCGUCCUUCUACAAGGACGACUCCUUAACCCCUUCCCCAGUUACAACCAAACGUAAUCUCGAUUUCACAGAUCAGCCCGGUGAAUUGGAAGAAGAAACAUGGAGCCCCGUUGUUUCGCCCAUUCACACAAAAUGGGUAGAAACAUCAGAUGACCGCGAAUUCGCGUACAUCUCAGACAUCCUGAGAGCAUCUUCUCAUCAUCAUCAUCAUCUCCAAGAUGAGUCCGACGUUUUCCUAUUACUCGAGAAGCAACAGUUUCUCAAGGGAAACCACGACACUUGCAAAGCUUCCACGCUCCAGAGGAAGCUGAUUUUCGACGCGAUCAGUGAAAUUACGGGUAGGGACAAGCAAUUGCCACCUUGGAACAAGUGUGCGACAGUGCCAUCACUCGACAAAGUAUGGUCCGAAUUUCAAACAAUUAGAGAACGACCCGAAAAGACCGGUGAAGAUUUGUUUGAGACCGUUUGUGGUGUGCUUAAAAGAGACCUGGCCAUCACUGCAUGGGGAGAUUUCCCCAUCGAGAUGUCGGAGGGCGUUUUGGACAUUGAAAGGCUUAUAUUCAAGGAUUUGAUAGGCGAGAUCAUUGGGGAUUUGGCAGUGUUGGCGGCUGCUAGCGGCAUGCUAUCCUCGGCGAUGCCUAUGAGGAGGAAGUUGGUUUUCUGAAAUACGAAUUAAUCUUGUGUUUAAGAUGACCUUGUGCUUGGUUCAUGUGAAAAAAUAACAGGUGUUAACUUUAUUGUUUGAUAUUUUCAGUUUUUAAUUAAAGUUGGUUGUUGUAGAACAUAUGCAGAUAAACCUCUCUGAAUUAAUAUA